GGCCUUUCAGUGCGCGCAGUGACUACUCAAACUGUCUCAAUUUGAAAGGAAACCAUGGGAAAAGUGUUUGUUUAUUCUAAAAAAAUGUUUGUUUUUCUUUUCAGGCAUAUCUAAAUAGUAAGUAUAAUGACUUUUACACAUGCAAAACCUGAUUAUUAACCCACACCAAAAAUAUGUAUGCUGGUGAUUAAAUGAUAGGCCUAUAAAACAAUGGUAUUUUUUCGAAGUGGUAGAAAAGCAAAUUGAGCCACUUUUGGGUGACUACUUUUAUUAAAAAGUGAUAUUUUAUUGCCCUAUUAUAGAAACAUUGAAGCAGAAAGCAAAUGAGGCAAAGAGUGUAACCUCUUACACUUUAUUAUUAACCUUUAUUUCCUCUUUGCCUAAGAGAGUAAGUAACUUAAGUGAAAAAUGGCUCAUCUUACCCUCUCUCUCUUACGUUAGGUCUUAUAUAAUACCUAUAUAAAAAGAUGGGGAAGGAGAUUGAUUCAAAAAGAAAAUCUGUUUUAAAGUUUGACAGAGACAAGUAAUUUCAGUAUUUAUAUUUACUUUUAAUUCGUAGAUGAAAAUCUAUGCAAUAAUUUAACUCAAAUAAUUCAGCUGCCACAGACAUCUACAUUUAAUUUUUUUUAACAUGGUUCACCAGUUGCUCAAAGAUGGUGAAAUGAUGCAUGAUGAAUUGCUUAAUGAAGCAAAAAGGAAACGAAAUGCACCAAUGCAAUACACUAUUUACACAAAGGCAUCAAUAAACACACAAAAUCCACGUAAAUAAAAAUAAUUUAUGUAAUAAAUUUGGAUUUAUGUGAAGUGAAUCAGGAGGAAAAAAUACAUUUGUUUACAGAGAAUACACUUGUAUUACAAUCACUGAGUAUUUUUAUAUUUUAUGUAAAUAUGCUUAUGUUAUACACAUGGAAAUCCUAACAGCUAAAAUGCUUCCUUAUAUUGGCGUGUGAUAGGAUUGGAACUCUAGAUUCUGCUUCUAAAAGUUUUUAGUUUCCUUUCAGGAGAUUCUUAGAUGCACAAAUAAAAAAGUGUUUGUAAGCGUCUAAUUACAGGUGAACCCAAUCUGGGUAUUCAGAAACUCCACCUCCUUACAAAUCCCACCAGGAAGUGACAGAAAAAAAUUGAAAAGGCAUUGGUGAGAACUGAGUACAACAUCUCAAAAAAAGAGUUCAAAAAGGAAUCAAGAUCAUAAAAAAUUGAGAAUGGCUUCUGUGAAAACAGUAUCUGUGGAAGAUCUUACUUGUCCUGUGUGCUGUGAAAUCUUCAGUUUUCCUGUUAUUCUGUCAUGUAGUCACAGUAUCUGUAAAGAAUGUCUUCAGCAGUUCUGGAAAACCAAAAAAGUCCGGCAGUGUCCCAUCUGCAGGAGAAGAUCCUCAAGAGGGGAACCUCUUUGUAAUCUGGUGUUGAAGAACUUAUGUGAGUCCUUCACAGCAGAAAGUCCUUCAGGGUCUGAGGUGAUCUGCAGUCUGCACAAUGAGCACCUCAAACUCUUCUGCUUGGAAGAUGAACAGCCUGUGUGUGUUGUGUGCAGAGAUUCAGAAAAACAUGCCAAUCAUAGAUUCCGGCCCAUUAAUGAAGUUGCUCUAUCUUACAAGGAAGAGCUCAAAACAGCACUGAAGUCCUUACGAGAGAAGCUUAAACACUCAAAAAAAAUUAAAGCAGAGUUUGAUAAUAAAGUUCAGCACAUCAAGACUCAGUCUAAGCUCACAGAGCAGCAGAUUAAAGAGGAGUUUAAGAAGCUUCAUCAGUUUCUCAAAGAUGAAGAAGAAGCUACAAUCACUGCACUGAUGAAGGAGGAAGAGCAGGAGAGUCAGAUGAUGAAGGAGAAGCUUGAGGAGAUGAACAGACAAAUCUCAGCUCUAUCAGACACAAUAAAAGACAUUGAGGAAAAGAUGAACGCCAGUGACGUCUCAUUUCUACAUAACUUCAAUGUCACAAUGGAAAGAUCCCGGAUCUCGCAGCAGGAUCCACAGAUGCUUUCUGGAGCUUUGAUUAAUACAACAAAUUACUUUGGCAACUGCGCUUUCAGAGUCCAGGUGAAGAUACAGGAAAUUCUCCAUAAUGCUCCUGUGAUUCUGGACCCAAACACUGCGCAUCCACAUCUGACCCUGUCUGAUGAUCUGACAAGUCUGACAUACUUGAGGGCCCUUGAUGAUCCAGAUGCGUUUGCCUUCAUCCCCUGUGUUCUGGGUUCAGAGGGCUUUAACUCAGGAACACACUGUUGGGAUGUGGAGGUUGGAGACAAUUCCUGCUGGAGUCUUGGAUUAAUGACAGCACCAAAACAAAGGAAGGAGUAUGUUUUCUCUUAUACUGAUUUUUGGUGUGUGGAAUACAUGGAUGGUGGAUUUAUGUCACCAAUUCCAAAGCAAUACUCCACUUGCUUUACCAUUAAGAAGAAGCUUCAGAGGGUAAGAGUGCUGUUGGACUGGGAAAGAGGAAAAGUGUCGUUCUCUGAUCCUGAAACCAACACACAUUUAUGCUUAUUCACAUCACGCUUUACUAAGACAGUGUUUCCAUUCUUUUAUACCAAUUGUCCAAAUGCUCUGAGCAUUUUACCAGUGAAAUUGUUUGUAACAACAGAAAAGCAUAGUUAUAUCUGAAACUGCUUCUGUGAAUACACAAGCAUACAGAUUUUGCUAUCAUUGAUAUUUUAGAUGCAUUUCAGGCUAAUACAGCAUAACCUAACAUAGCCUACCAAAUUAUUGGUGUAGCAAAUAUUUAGGUCAUUGACAUCUUAACUAUAUCACCUUGCCUUUUUGGAACAUUUUUAACUGACCUAACACUACAAAUUCAAUGUGGGAAAAGCACAAAUGUGUUACUAUUCUAUACAGCCAUGUGCUAAAGAAUAAUAUGAGAUGUUUUGCAUGUUACAGAAAUGUUAAAACAACACAAACAAAUAAAUAUUACCAUGCAUAAUUCUUUUCAUAUUAUUCUCUUAUCAUUCAGUAGAAGAGAAAAUAUUGUCAAUAAAACUUUAACAAUUGCUUGUUGUGAACAAUUACACCCAGCUUGCAGUCAUUCCCAGCUGGCUGAUUAAGUUUUAAUUGGAAUAUCAGCUGCCCUGAUAUUCAGAUUCAGAACAACAGCACUGCCAUAACACCAUUACAACAUUUUAUAAUUAUCAUUCUGAUUAAUUUACAUAUACAUCUAAAAAUUGUAUUUUUUAAGCAAAAACUGUCACUUUUUUCAGUGUGUAUAUUGGAUUGGAAGAAUUGCUAGAUUCUGAUUUAAUUCUACAUCCACAAUCAGUUCCUAUCAGGUGAUGCUUGAACGCACAAGAAAAUAAAAGAGUGAUCGAUGAAAUGAUGCAUUAACCAGAAAAGUAAAGAGUACCUGAAAACCAUACUUGAGUAAAAGUACAGAUACCUUACAGUGAAAAUGACUCCAUUUCAAGUUACAUGCCACCAAUUCCAAUACGACUUACGCCUGGUUUCACAGAAAAGGCUUAGAUUAAUGCUCCCUUCAUGGGCUAUCGGAAAUUUGAUAAUGCCCACUUCUGAAGUCGUAAUUAUGAGCUCAUCGCAUUCAAGUUUUGAAAUGGGAGGGCAUUCAUAUUCAAUAAUUCUGAGGGCACGUGAAGGCAGCAUAAACCGGGAUUAGGCCUUCGUUCAAUUAGGGCAUUUAAGUAGCUUUUAUAAAUGUGCCUUAGAAAAAAAAAUACUGGUAUGUACAUAUUUUAAGUUAUGUCAGUGCAAGUUGGUUUCAGUUAAAAUAGCUCAAAUGUGCAUUUUAGUCUGGGACUUGUCUUAAGCCGUGUCUGUGAAAUCGGGGGUUAGAGAGUAUCUGAUAUGAACAGUACUUAAGUAUUUUACUUCACUGAAUAUAGGCUGAAAGAUACACUAGUCCUCAAUACCUAAGAGACAUGCCAGUGAAAAACAAGAAACAGUUGAUUUGUGAGAGAGCAAUCACAUUUAUUUUCUGAAAUCAAAAUAAAACUGAAAAGUUGCAUUAAAUCAAGGUCAAAUCAACAGCCUCUUAAACAUCUACAAACACUCAAGUCUCAGUUAAAAAAAAAAAAGGUCUCUUUAAUAUAAUGGAUAUUGGAUAAAUAGAAUAAUGUCAAGUAAAAUGAAACAAAGCCUAUACUUGCACUGGACGUGCUGGUUUCGGCCUAGUCAACAGCUGCAGCCAUGUCUUCAUCGAUUCAGCAACUACCUGCACUCGCAUUCACGUAAACUAGCAAUGUUGACAGUUUGGGCCAGUAAGGGCAAAACAUACAAGAUGUAAAGAUUCUUCAGUGCCCUGCAGAUAUCACUUCCUUUAUAGCAUAAAUAAACCGCUGCAGAAAAGUUAGCUGCCAUGCAAAAUGUAACAAUUUAUUGAAUUACUCAUCACAAAUGUAUUAGAGUAACGAGUACAUUAUUCAAACAUGUAGUCAAGUAAAGAGCUAAAAGUUGCUAAUAUUUUUGAAACAAAGUAAAACUACAAAUUAAAAAGAAACUUAUACAGUAACUAAUUACAUUCUCUCAGAUACUAUACACCACUGACAUAAAUUCCACCUGACAGGUAAUUCCAGUCCACAACAUCAGAAACUACUCCCUCUUACAAAUCUUAAAAUCCUUUAUUUGCUCAUUCUCAAUUCCAUGACUAUACAGCAAAAAUGAGUUUGCAAUGUGGAUAAAAAAAAACACUCUUGAAAAGGAUAUUUGUGAAGUGUGUUUCUGCAUGCAUAACCUGAUAUUGCUGAGUUCAACAUGUUCCUGGGUCAACAUUUUUGUUGAUCCUGGGACAACAUUCAAAUCAACCAAUCAGAUUUGAGGGACAAGUUUACAGAUUAUGUCAAG